GACCGAGUCCCGGACUGCGGCUCAUUAUUAUAUGUGCGCUGCUCGCAUCCCGGCCGGGACAGUCAGUCAGUGAGUCAGUGUCCUCCCGUCCCGGCCCCCUCGCCUCGUGUGAUCCCAGCAGCGGCUGAGUUGGGUUCGGCCGGAGCGCCAGAGACGAGAGAGACUAAGCAGCUGCGGGACACUGUUUGACCGCGACUUAGACUAAGUUACUACACUGAGACAGAGGUCACGGACAGCAUGGAGCGGAGAGACAGACGCCCGACAGCAGGCUGACGGUACGAGUCAUACAGUCCGAACUGGGGGGGCGGCGAAGUUACAGUAGCGCGACUGGACUGCGCUGUACUCAUCAAGGCAGAGCUAGAUGACGUGCACUCGUUUAGGGUCGAAGAGCGACUCCAUGAAGCUCGACGUGCUCCGCCAACCCGGGUGCGAUGAGGGGGAAAUCGACGUGGAGAGUCUGGACGGAUCUCCGUGGCCGGAGCCGGACGCCGACCGCGGGAAGAGAGCGUCGCCGGAGGUGCCGCAGUCGCAGGCGCAGUCGCAGUCGCAGUCGCAGCCGCAGUCGCAGCCGCAGUCGCUGCGCAGGUCGAGCCGCAGCCCCAAGUGCGCCCGCUGCCGGAACCACGGCGUCGUGUCGUGUCUCAAGGGCCACAAGCGGCUGUGCCGCUGGCGCGACUGUCAGUGCGCCAACUGCCUGCUCGUGGUGGAGCGGCAGCGCGUCAUGGCCGCCCAGGUGGCCCUCAGGAGGCAGCAGGCGACCGAGGGGAAAAAAGAAGGCAAGUCAGCCGUGCCAUUCAGAAAGACUGCGUACGAAGAGUACUCGAAGAGCCCCAGUUUCUUAGCCAAGAGUAUACUGGAAGGACUGAAACCUGUUUUGGAGGAGCCCCCUUGGACAAAGAGGUUGCACCGCCACACUCUGAGCGAAAGGAUGCGAAAAAGACGGACUUUUGCCGAUAAGGAACUGGAGGGCAUCAUGCUCGAAAGAGAGCUGAGACAGAGAGAGCUGGAGGAGCUGUCCGGCCUCCAGGUCCUUCAUCCAGGAUUUCCCUCAGCGCCAGCAGCCCAGUGUUGGGUCCUGACAGAUCCGCCAUCGACAGCCUACCUUCCAAUGUGUAGAACAAGUCCUCUCAUGCUCAAGUACAACUUUCUGCAGUUCCAAGAGGAGCUCGUGAAACCAAAGGCGACGAGGAGCAGGUAUGACGAGGGAGCAGAGCAGAAGGGCUCCCGCACCGAUAGGGUAGAAUUUACAGUAGCGGACAACUGGCUGUGCCGCACGGAGGACCAGCCUGCUCGCGAAGCGCCGUCCUUGCCACGUGUUCAGCCACAGCAGCAGGGCUUUCCCGGGGGGCUUGGCAGGCCACCUGCGGAUAUUCCCGUUUUGAAACGGGUCACAAACAGCUUGGCUGGUACUGAGCAGAUUCCUUGUAUUUCCCAGUGGGUCUUCAAGAAGCACUUGCACACCGUGCAGUCCCAUGGAUCCUCAAGCAUUCAAGCUUAUUCGUGCGGGACGAGGCCACAAGCCGAGGGUCACGGCAGUUCCCGAAUAAACUCAGCCAAAGACGGUGGGGAGCACACGUUGUCCUUUUCUGUGGAGUCUUUGUUAAAGAGCUGAAAAUUGCCCAUUUUCCCCAGGUGUACUUAUCGAGAAUAUGCCAGAAAUGUCAUUUAUCACAUAUGCUAUGGUAUCUAAAAAUGUGUUUUGUUUUUUUGUGCGUUAAUAUAUUGAAUGCAUAUGUUGCGUACGCAUAUGUUGAAACACGCUGUCAACAUUUCAAGAACUUUGAAAAAAGACUUGGGCUACAUCCCGUCUCUUCCAGCUCUAUUUAAGUACAGCUUGCAAAUCAUUUUGUUAAAAUUAAGACGCAUUAUUUGGUUUAAAAAACAAGCAACCUGCAGUUUGAAAGUUUUAUAUAUUUUAAUAUAUGGAGUAUAUGAAUACUUUUGAAAAAUGCCUUAUAUUUGGACACCAAAAUUGAUUUAGUUUUAAAAACAUGUAAUUUAUUUGACAGCUGCAAAUCUGUAUCUUUAAAGCGCAAAUGUAUGCAAGUGUUUUUCUCAAAUACAGCAUUUUUGUUUAAUUUCGUUCCAAUUUUGAUACCGCGUUUAAAAUGUGUCCGUACGUUUUCUUUUUCAAAGCACAUUUUAUUCUUCAGGUUUUAACCUUGUGUCGAUCACUGAAGAAGCAUGAACCGAAACACGAAAUACUUUUAUUGUUCUCGCGGACACAACGCUGCCCUCCCUCGAGGACACAGGCAGCGUAACUAUUAGAACAUGUAAGGCCCCAGUUUGCUCUUCUCCAGCUCCACCCUCAGAGAUGCUCCUUGACAGACCUCAGCUGGAUUCUCUU